AUGGAAAAAAAUCCUCUUGUAUUUCCUAAUGGAGCUGAUAUCGAGUACACUAGCCAACCUCUUCCAUACCCCUAUUCCUUCCCUCACCCAGAAACAGGCUCGAAAAUGUACGAAGGAUCCUUCAGAACCUUCCAGUCAAACCCAGCCUCCCACAACAUCAUGAAUGAAGCACUUGAACAAAGAAGAAGAAAUGAACCCUAUCUAUGGAUGGACAACAAUGUCUCAAGAUAUGCAGCCUGCUCCAACCUUAUCGCAAACGAUGCUUCAAAUUUGUACAAGAGCGAUGAUACCCAUUACGAAGAGUGGCAGUACAUAACCCUGUAUAGGAAAUUUAAGAGGAUUCUGACGGAAAGAGGAAGUUGUUCCAACGAAAUGAUUUCAUAUUUAAUUUACAACCUCAUUAACAUAAUAAGGAACGACACAGCACUGAGAAACCUUUUGAUUUUAAGUUCAGAAGAGUUUUUGGAGUCAAUGCUCACAAAAUUCGUGGAACUAAUUUUAAAUGACAAGGCUUAUAAUUACGUUUUUAGUAAGCCAAAUGAAGAAGAAAAUAAAAUCAAGGCAAUAAGGAAGCAUUUACAGAGAGCAACCAAAGCAGCUUCAAUGUCCCAUUCAACACCAAUGCAUUGGGGCUUGAAUUACGAGGAUCAAACGUUUUCAUUUCCGAACCCUGUUCCGACUUCCAAACUAAACCCUGAUAGCUUCUAUUAUGGCCGACAAUUGAGGUCGAAUCCAAUGUUAGAGGGUGAUGGCUGUAUUCCAAUGCCAAGAGUAAUGUACCCACAACAAGAGUUCCACUUCAACCCGCCUCAGCCGAUGCGAGACCUUGGCCCUUCACCAAAAACGGGCCCUGUAAAGAGAAAAGAACCAUCAAAGCGGUACGGUCCCCGCGGACCCUAUAAGCGUACAUUGGUAAGAAUGCGAAUGAGAGAGAUAAGCAAAAAGCGAGCAGUAAUAAGAAGAAUGAAAAGCCAAUCAACAAAUUCUGAACCAGAAACGACAAAAGAUGAUUUCAAAGAUAAAGUCAAUGAUGAAAAGAAAAAUGAUAUUGAGCUAUGUACAACUACCCCUGAAUCAGAACUUUCAGAUUAUAACAAAGAUAAUGAUUAUAGAGAGUUGAGUCUUAAUGAAAACGAACAUUUCACAAGUCGGAAUUCUAUUAACUCAUCUGAAUUUGCCAACUCACCCGACUUUGUUAGUAACAACGACAACACAGUAAAUGUAAAUAAUUUGGAAAAGAAUCCUGAUAAUAAAAAUUUUAGAGAUCUAUCAUUUGAUGAUUUUAAAGAUCUAUCAUUUGAUAACUUUAAAGAUCCACCAGUUAAUAAAGAUCUAACCCACAAAGUUGAAAAUCCUAGUUACAGGAGUAAUCUAGAUACAUAUAGUAAUGAAUAUAAUCUGAGAGAUCUAACUCCAUUCGGAGAUAGUUAUGAAAAUUCAUACGCCAACCCAGGGUAUUUAUAUCAGGAUCAUAUGAAUGCUGGAACCAUCAAGCCUUACAUUAACAACUUUUAUAGAUCAUUGAACACACAAUAUAAUCAGCCAAAUCAUUAUAGUCAAUCGAGUCAAUAUAAUCAACCAAAUAGAUAUAGUGAAUCAAACUGCUAUUAUGAUGGAUAUUUCCAGAAUCAGUUCCAGCCAUUAAACUCUGAAAUUGGUGACAUUCCAGGCCAAAACAACCCAAUACUCACAUCGGGAAACUUUCAGUACGUGCGACCAAACCAGUCAAGCCAGUAUUCAAUAGGAUACCACUACCCUGCCAAUCAACCGAAAUCUAUCCCAAACCCAAACAACCCAAUUUCCAAUUCAAUAAAAAAUAACAUCCCAAACACUAUUCGUAACCCAAUGCACAACACAAUGAGUAAUGUUGCUGGUGGAGUUCAUUUUUCAAGUCCGAAUGUUAUGGGAAUGAAUAGUGGAAUGGGAAUGGGAAGAGAUCCAACAGGGUAUGGCAUGUACCCCAGGGACGAUUAUUUAUCACCCGAAUUGAACACACUGGAAACUGAAGCACCCAUACUGAAAACAAAAAGAGUUACGAACCCGAAACACUCCAAACCACUUCCCGAUGGCCUAAAUGAUCCAAGAAGACGUUCUUCAAGACUCAACCCUGAGAAUAAUUUAAAUAACUUGAAUAAUAUUAAAAGUAGUGAAAACAAUAGAAAUAUUAAUAAUUUAAACAAUGGGAAUACUAUUAAUCCCAAUAAUAAUAAUAAUUUGAAUAAUAUUAAUAAUAAUUUAAAUACUAAUGGAAAUAAUUUGAAUGAUACGAUAUGGGAUAUGGUUCAAAAGCACCAGAAGUCAGGCUCAAACGUUAAUGUGAAUCAGACGAAAACAGUAAACGUCGUACCAAAGGAGAUCGAAUUUGAAGAUGAGGACAUGAAUUUAUUAAUCAGAGAACCAGUAAGAAUAACAGAAGAUAUGCCGAGAAAUCACACGCAACCAUUUGUGAACGCGUACAAGAACCCGAAAACAGUUAAGUGGUCAUAUACUGACACUAAGAGGUUUUACAACGCAAUUGAAACUUUCGGAACAGAUUUAAUGCUGGUUAGAGCAUUUCUUCCUGAAUAUACAGACAGACAGAUCUACGACAAGUUUAAACUGGAAGAACGCAAAAACCCACAACUCAUGCAAAACUCACUUCAAACUCACAAGAGCAUCUCCUUGAAGCAGUAUGAACAGAAGUACGGAAAAAUCGACACCGAGACACAUUAUAACCCGAGCAAGGACCCUUUCAUUCUAGAGCAGCCGACAGAUAACAAGAAAUCGCUCCAGCUCAACCUGAGCAACGCGUCAGUCAUGAACCAAAUUCAGCAGACUCCCAACGAUAAAAUCAUUAAUUUAUUUAUGUAA